UAAAAAGCACGCCUGCAGAACUGUGACAGAAGUGACUUUCUAAUGUCAAUACACGUAUUCUCUCCCUUACAUGUCUUACUCUUUCCUGGGAAGUAAUUUUUAAGCUCUUUAUUAGCUUCUAAUGUUUUAUCCGAAAUAAGUUCUUUGCCCUGUAAGACACUAUAGUGAUCAUACGUACACAUUGCAUGGCUCACUAAAAUAGGCCUGUUAGAAGCCAUGCGACGUCAUCAAAUGUAGGCUUCGAAUGUUAAAUAUGUGCUUGAAUUUCUCAAAAUUUAAGUGACUCUUAAAUGUAAACGAAAAAAUACUGAACGUAACAUUGGAUAAAGGGAUUUAAUUGCACUCAUGGUAAACAAGGAAACUCGCACCUGUCGUCCCUCGUUUUCUCGAACUCAUAAUCUUCUAGAAAUCUGCGCUUGCACCGUCUGAAACUGUGACGUAUCUGUGACGACUUUGAGUUCACGUGACGAUUCAAACGCAAAUGAAAUGAAUGUGACGGUUUGCGACAAGUAUUCAGGAUUUGCGGUGCUGCGGGGCUCUUCACGCCUGUUCAUUUGCAGUUGAGAAGCAAGAUAGUUCGGUAGACUUUCCUUGUGGUUACCUCAUACGGAGCGAUGCAGUUGUGUAUCUUGUUGCGGCUGUUGUUAGAUAGUGUCCGUUUUGGAGGAGCUCGGACUCAAUAGAUGCGGUACACAUGGUGACGACGCAAAGGGAGUUUGGAGUGAGAUUUGCUGAAUCUGCUUUUAUAGAACAUGAAGGUUCCCGAAUUAGUUUUGUACGUAAUGUAGGAGAAGACGUGUGGGAUUUGGAAAACAGUGGCAAUCUUCUAUCAGAGAUGAUGAAUAUGCUUUCGCCAUCUGCUUGGUUUACAGCAGCAAAUAAUACUCUGCUGAGUUCUGUCUCCAAAGUGUCAGAGGAAAGUAUGUUAAAAGCAGAUGUUGGUGCUGUAAAAAUGCUGAAUCUACUGAUAAUGAUCCUCAUAAAGAAUGGCAAGAGAAACAUAACAAGACAUGUCUCAGAAAUUGAUGGUUCAAGUGGAGGAAUGGAGGCAGCAGGUGCAGAUCCUGUUGGAGGAGUUUGUGUGGAGGAGUGUGAGCUGCCCCCCCCUGGCCCGGCCAGGGGCUGUGGCACAUAGGUAAUCCGUGAGAGCGUGGAGCGUCGGAGC